CGGUGGGCGGGGCUUUCUCUUGCUCGAGCGCUUGCUGUCGGCGGUUGGAAGGGGUGUAUUCUUGAAGAAGCCAUGGGAACAGAUCCAGGGUUUGAUCUUUAUGCUUCAGAAAGAAUGACUGAAGAUUGAACAGACAAUGGGAUUUACGUAUCCUGAUGGAAUUUUGUGCAUGGAGACAGAUUGUUUGCUAUGGCAUCUGAGACAGAAAAGGCCCAUGCUCUUCUCCAGUCGUUCAGCACAGCCUCUAUCAUUUCAAGCCUAGGACUGGGGAUUUUCUGCUUUGUAGCUGAUAGACUUUUGCAGUUUUCCUUCAUUCAGCAAAAUGACUGGUUGCGGGCGAUCUCUGAUAACACUGUGCAUGGUGUUGUGGGAUUGUGGUCUUGGGCAAUAGUGAUUGGACUCAAGAAGAAAAGUGACUUUACAGAAGUCUUGUUAGCUGGUUUCCUCUCAUCUGUAAUUGACAUGGAUCACUUCGUUUUAGCUGGUUCUCUUUCAUUAAAGGCUGCCUUGACUCUUCCACAAAGACCAUUCCUUCACUGUUCUACUGUGAUCCCCGUUGUGUGUCUGACGUUAAAAUUUAUUAUGCAUCUCUUGAAGCUGAAGGAUUCUUGGUGCUUUCUUCCCUGGAUGCUGUUUAUCUCCUGGACUUCACAUCAUGUUCGAGAUGGAAUUCGCCAUGGUCUGUGGAUCUGCCCAUUUGGAAAGACUGUUCCUCUGCCUUAUUGGCUUUAUGUGGCAAUCACAGCAUCUUUACCUCAUCUGUGUUCUUUUAUUAUGUAUUUAACAGGGGCAAGGGAACUAAUGUCGAUAAAACAUGGGAUUCAUAUCGAUGUUUAAGGAUGGUUGUGGUUGUGUCACCAAAUAAUUCACUUGUGAUAUAAACUGAUGUCACAAAGCUUUAUAUAGCAGAAGUAUUGAUUCCUUGAGGCCAGUGUUGCACAAGGUAAUGUAAUCCACUGAUGUCUUAAGUUGUUAUUUUAUCAGUGUCUCCUAUAGACAUUUUUCUUUCUUUUUAUUCAAAAAUUGGUUAAGUAUUAAAAAGGAUGAACAUCAGGAAGCAGUUGAAAUAUGUUACCCCUUCUCUGCUUCUUUAUUAGAAGAAUGAAAGAGUCAUAGACUGGAAACAGAAAAAUGUUAUGGGCCAUUUAGGGCAGCAUUUUUCCUGGGAAACAAAGAAGACUAUUGUGGGCGUCCUCCUCUUCAGUUCCAAUUUAUUUAUUAAAGCCUUCCUCUUCUUUCUCCUCUACUAUAACUCCUUUACUCCAUGUCAUUUUCUGUUCUGAGAUUUCUGUCUCUACGCCUUGUGCUUUCUUUAAUUCACUGUUAUAUGUACUGAUCUGUUCAGUUAAAGAAUCCUUAAAACGCUGCUAAAAACCAAUACAUGUGUAAUAAUAUAUAUUACUUAGAAUUGCAUUUUAAUUGUAUUUAUUAUGUUUUAAUGGUAUUUUUAACCAAACACCAAGUACGAUUUAAUUGUUCUUUUUAUUUUUAUAUUCACUUUAUUUUAAAUGAAUCAUUGUGUGUAAUUGUUAGCUGCCUUGUAUUUCCUCAUGGAGAAAGCUGGGGGUUAUCUAUAAAGGUAAUAAUAAUACCCAAAAGUGGUGAUAUACCACUUUAUAUGAUUUACACUUUGUUUAGGUUUGGGAUCAACAACUGGAUGCUUCAAAGCCACAGCUCAGCUUCCCAUAGAGCAUUCCCUAAUCCUUCAUUGCCACAUUGAGAGACCAAGUGUUAUGUUUACGGUUUGCGGAGAUCUUCUGUUUGUACAGUUUAACAUAUUUAGAAGAUUGCCUUAUCUCUAAAGGUAAGAGCUUGGGACAGAUUGCAAAAGGAGUGAAGCAAACUCCUGAUUGUGUUAAAAUGCUGCUUGUGGUAAAAGUGAUUGAUAUAUUUCUUUAAGGGUUUACACUGACAUAAAAAAAUGAACAGUUCUGGAAAGGUAUUGUGGGCUCGGCGUCAUGUAAGCCGCAUCGAGUCCCUUGGGAGAUGGUAGCGGGGUAUAAAAAAAGAUUAUUAUUAUUAUUAUUAUUAUUAUUAUUAUUAUUAUUAUUGGCAGCUCAAAAGAUUUUCCAGUUACUGUACAUGUAUUCUUGUUCUGUUUUAAUUUGCUAACUGAAGUGAAUUUUAAUAUUCUUUCUGCUUUGCAGAAGGAUACUUAACUGCUAUUUUAUUUUAUUGCAACACGUUAGAUUAAUGAUUUUCUAAUAGAAAUACUGGUGCAUGUAAAAAUAGUGACAAGUUUGUGGAAAUGGAAUUAAUUCAAGGUAAGUUUCUCAUUAUUGGUAACUUUCUGUAAGAGCACUUUUAAAUCAAAACUACUGAUGGAAUCCAAUUUCUUGAUUUUUGAAGAUCUUAAACAAAUCAUUCUCAAAUUUGCCUUAGUGGCUGAAUCUUUUACAUAAUAGUGUCUGUUAAAUGUAGGUGACUGUAGAAUAGUAUUGUAUGGUCAUGGUAACAAGAAGGCUUUUCAUUCUUCAUGCAUUUUACAGCUGCUUUUAACAACAUAAUUGUGACUAAAAUAGAGCUAAUUGUCCCCCGCAUCUUAAAAUAGAGAUGGGGGUGUUUGUUUGGUUAUCAUGUUAAGCCAAGCAGUGGUUGUAUUCCCAAAUUGGGAGAAUUUUAAAAUGGAACAAAAUGCAGAUAGGCCGUAAGUUCCAUACUGGAAAUGAUUAUACAGUAGUUAUGAUGUAAACAAUAAAGAGACUACAUUUGUACACUUGCACACUUCAGAACUAGAGGAAAAAAGAUAAUGGGCGACAUCCAUGGAUGAGCAUAUGGCCACGACUGUUUGUACUUUACAUUUUGUUGCACAAAAAACUAUUGAAAAUAGUUGUCUAUGGUCCAGUGCCAGUCUGCAAACUGGCUGCUGUAGCACAGAGGGUAUCCAGGGAGUGGGAAGAAACAGUUGUAUUCAGUGGGCACAAAUAUGGUAUUGAUACCAGGCACAUUAGGGGGAAAUUCUGGUCCUCACAUCAAAUAAGGGCCUUAACAUCCAGUCCAUUAUUCUUUUUCAUAAAUGGAAGUCUAAAUGUGGGACAAAAGGUAAUAGCCAUAUCUCACAGUUGUUCCCCUUCGGAGACAUGAUAUAUUGGGACCUUGAGGUACCAUUUGCAGGGCAAAAUUAUGGAUGGUGUAGUGGCAGCGAGAGUUGAGCAGCUUGGUGCUUCUUUUAUUUUCUUUUUAUAAAAAAGAAAA